AAAUCACAGUGAUUCCUACGAGAUGUCUAACUUCUACAAGGUCAAAAUCAAAUCCUAAACAUAUUGUCAACAAUGGAUUAGUCCGCUUUAUCCUUAAAAUCAUUACCAAACCUUAAAAUCAUUUAUCUGCAUCUUUGCAACAGCCAAAUACAUUUACCUUCUUUCAAUUAUAUGGUCAAUCAAUGUAACCAUCCUAUAUAGUAAAGAUAAAGUAGUAUAAUAGCCUCAAAAUUCAAAUCUAAUAAGACCAAAAUGACAUUUAUUUGUUCACGGAUUUUUUCACAGUCUCAACUCUCAACUAUACUGUAUAAAAUGAUUUGAAAAUGCAUAUCACUAGAUCUAGAGAGAGAGAAUGGGGCCCAAUUGCAACCAAUAAAGAGCGGUGAGUUUUUCGAGUCAAGAAAUUUGAAUUUUCAAUCUACGAUCUAUUUUUUUCGUUUCUCAAGCACGAGAAAAUAUAAUUGCUAAAUAAAUAAAUAAAGAGAUUCAUAUUACACAUGGCGACAAAUAACAUUGAAAAAGACAAGACACAGAGCUUCAACAAAAUAAAGAAGCGGACAGGACACACAAAGAAAAACCUAAAAACCCCAAAACAUAUUUUGAAAAAUGUGUUAUCUGUUGAACCGCGGGAUUUUUCUUUUGUAGAUUUCGCAGUGUCCGCCAAACUCUCACACUUUUGAUUUGUUUUCAAUCCGAGGUUUCAUUUUGCUUCUACGUCUACUUCUUUUGCUUUUGGAUUCUCAGAAAAUCUUCGAAGGUUUCAUCUUUGUACGGUCGAAGCAAAGAAGUAGUUCAAGUAGAAGAAACAGGUUGGAGUAAUGGGUUUGAAUCUGAAUCCAGUUUUGCGACAAGAAUUGGCUAAUCUUGACAAAGACACAGAGAGUCGUAAAUCAGCAAUGAAAGCUCUUAAGUCUUAUGUGAAGGACUUGGAUUCAAAGGCCAUUCCUGGUUUUCUAGCACAAGUCUUUGAGACUAAAGAAACUAACUCUUUGUCUGGUGAAUACACCAUUUCGCUUUAUGAGAUACUUGCUCGUGUUCAUGGACCCAACAUUGUUCCCCAGAUUGAUACAAUCAUGUCCACCAUUGUCAAGACUUUGGCUUCAAGUGCUGGUUCUUUCCCUCUUCAACAAGCUUGUUCUAAAGUUAUUCCGGCAAUUGCUCGAUACGGGAUUGAUCCGACAACCAAAGAAGAUAAGAAACAACUCAUAAUCCACUCCUUGUGUAAGCCUCUUAUGGAUUCUCUAUUGGGUUCUCAGGAGAGCCUCACUUCAGGGUCUGCUCUAUGUCUUAAGGCUCUUGUGGAUUGUGACAACUGGCGAUUUGCUUCGGACGAGAUGGUGAACAGGGUUUGCCAAAACGUUGUAGUUGCAUUGGACUCAAACUCCAACCAAACACAUGUUCAGAUGGGUCUGGUUAUGUCACUUGCCAAACAUAAUCCUUUGAUCGUUGAAGCCUAUGCAAGGUUGUUGAUACACACAGGACUGCGAAUUCUGAGUUUCGGGGUUUCUGAAGGAAACUCACAGAAGCGGUUAUCAGCAGUCCAAAUGUUGAACUUCCUAAUGAAGUGCUUGGACCCGAGAAGCAUAUACUCCGAAGUUGAGUUGAUAAUCAAAGAAAUGGAGAGGUGCCAAUCUGACCAAAUGGCUUACGUCAGAGGAGCUGCUUAUGAAGCAAUGAUGACUUCAAAAAGAAUAGCUGGAGAGCUCGAGUCCAAGAUGGACAAGGGGUGUCGUUCUGUUACGGGUUCGAACUUCGGUCGAAGACACUGUCCAUCCAAUGCCAACGGUCAUUUUCCUGAUGACUCCUUAUCACCUGAAUCACAAACUGUAGGUUCGUUCAGCGGAUAUGAUUCUCCGGUUGACUCCUCGCCUAUUUCACAUACUUCUUGUAACUCUGAAUAUGAUCGGCGGAGUGUGAAUCGCAAGCUUUGGAGGCCUGAUCAGAAUGGAGGAGGGGUUGAUAUCUCUUUGAAGGAUGGUCUUUUCUCCGGUAUAACUAAAGGAAGCACCAAUGUCUCGGAUUCACCUCUUGUCCCGUAUGAUACUUGUGAAAAUGGAGAUGAAUUUGAAGGGUUUCUAAUGCAAAGUUUGAGAAACAACCAGCUGCAAAACACCAUUCCUAGUCCUCAGAGACAGCUUCCACGACGCAUCAAUGCUGAAGACAUCAACAUCUUCACCACUCCAAGGAAGCUCAUCAGUUCUCUUCAAUAUUUUGAUGAUGCUGACUUAGAUCAUUCAGACAUCCAAAGUCCAACAUUGAGAAGCAGGACCAGAGAGAAAACCAUAGAAUCUCAAAAGACUCCUAAACUAAGAAGGCGAUUUCCAACCAUGGCGGAAACAAUGUCAUCAACGGGCACAUUUAGUGAAGACACACCUCAAACUCAUAUGAUAACAGGUAGUAAAAAGAAUAUGAGCUAUGCCAAAUUCGUUAUUGCCAUAUCUUUUGUUGUUGUGGCUCUCUUUACAAUUGUGGUCUUUAUGGUGAAUCAAGAUGAUGAUGUUGGUUACUACAAUGUUCCUACAUGAUUUACGUUUACUUUAAUCCUAGUGUAGUUUACUUAUCAACGUGUUGGUUGUUUGUUAAGAACUCUGUACAAGAUUUUGAAUAUUCUUCUACUUGUUCUCAAUUUGUUUUGUAUGAAAAUCUGUUGAGUUA